AUGAAAGUAAAACUUGGUGAAGAUUUUGAAUGUAAAUAUGGUAAUAUUGAUUGGGAAUGUGUUACUAUUGGAGAAUCUAAUGCACAAGUUUAUCAAAGUAAAGAAUUUAUAUUAAAAAUACAAAUUAAAACUGAACAUCAAAAUCUUUUUAAUGAAAAAUUAAAAAUGGAAUGGUUAAAAGAAAAAGUGCCAGUAGCAAAUGUAAUUGAUUAUGAAACUGAUGAUUUAUUUGAAUAUUUAUUAAUGACUCGAAUUAAUGGUACAGAUGCAGCUCAAACAAAAUGGAAAAAUAAUCCAGAAAUAUUAGUCACUCUAUUAGGUAAUGAACUUCGUAAACUUCAUGAUAAAAUAAAUAUUAAUAAUUGCCCAUUUGAUAUGCGUCUUAUUCAUAAAUUUCAAGAAGCAUCUUAUCAAUUGAAAACAAGAAAAGUAACAGAAAUAAAUUCUACAGAUAAUGAUUUACUUACUGAAUUAAUUUCUAUUGCACCAAAAGAAGAUCUUGUUUUUACUCAUGGUGAUUAUUGUUUACCAAAUAUAAUUAUUGAUGAUCAACAAUGUUUCAUUAAUGCUUUCGUUGAUCUUGGACGAGCUGGAAUUGCUGAUCGUUAUUAUGAUCUUGCACUUGGUCUACGCAGUAUACAAUUUAAUUUAGGUCAAGGUUAUGAUCAAAUUUUUCUCAAUGCAUACGGACUUUUCUCAAAUAUAGAUGAAAAUAAAAUUGAGUUUUAUUAA